CAGUUGGGAGAGCGUUAGACUGAAGAUCUAAAUGUCCCUGGUUCGAUCCCUGGUUUCGGCAUCUUUUUUUUUUUUGUUUCUAAUUAUUCAAUGGCUUUUUAUGUUUUUAUUAUUAAAUUAGCAAAUAAGACAACAUCAUCAAGACUUAAAAACCUAUAUGAAAAUAAUUGAAAUAAAGUAAACAAUUACAAUUUCAUUUUUAAAUUUUACUUCAAUAUUAACUGAAUAAAUUAAUGAUCAUUAUUAUUGGUAGACAACAUUAUCACUUGCUCUAACACACGUCAGAAUUGACAAAGAGAAUUUUUCAAGAUGAGCAAAACUCAUGAAGAAAAUCUUCAAAAUUGUCCUCAGGCAGUCACAUUUACUGGACAUGAUGAUUUAAAUUCAGUUGAGCUUUACAGUAAAAAAGUAUCUGUAAUUGCAUCACCCAAUGGUAUUGAUCAUGGCAGCUCUAAAGUAAAAUUAAAAAAUAUUGUUGAUUUUACCUGGGACUCACACUAUUAUACUGGUCAACUUUUGGCAGUUCAUGUUUCUGGAAAAUAUCUUGCAUAUGGAAUAAAAUCAUCUCAAGGAAAAGGUGUAGUUAGAGUUGUAUCAAAAGACUCUGAACAACGAUCAUUACUUCGUGGUAUGAAUGGAGAAAUUCAAGAUUUAGCAUUUGCUCAUGUUAAAAAUGCAAUACUAGCAUGUGUUGAUCAAAUUGGAAAUUUAUUUGUUCACACAAUUGUCUCAUCAACGUCACAAUUAGUAUGCAAUCUUUUGCUAAGUGUAGUUGCUGAAGGAUCAUCACCAAUGACCCAUCGAGUUAUUUGGUGUCCAUAUAUACCAGAAGAAGAACAUAAUGAAGCUGAAGAUGUAUCAAAAUUACUUAUUGUAACAAGAGGAUCAAAAGCUGAACUUUGGCAAGUUGACUAUGUUUAUGCACAACUUGGUCCUGGUCCAUUAAAUUUACAAGAUUCAACUGUACAAAAUUGUGGUGGUUUUACUGAAAUAUGUCAACAUGGUGAUACUAUUGUCGAAGCAAUUCUUAGUCCAGAUGGUACAGCAAUUGCAACAGCAUCAUUAGAUGGUAAAGUAAAAUUUUUUCAAGUUAAUAUUCAUGGUGUUACAUUAGAAAAACCAAAUUGUCUUCAUCAAUGGAAACCACAUGAUGGUCGACCAAUAUGUUCAUUAUUUUUCCUUGAUGAUCAUAAAAAUACACAGCCUGAAGCACAAUUUUGGAGGUUUUCUGUAACAGGAUGUGAUAAUAAUAGUGAAAUUAAAAUAUGGUCAUGUGAAAAAUGGACUUGUUUGCAAACAAUAAAUUUUCAAGUAUCACCAUUAAGUAAUAUAGAACCAGUUUUAAAAGCAGGAUUAGAUUUAGCUGCUGGUUAUUUAUUAUUAUCUGAUAUUUCCAAUAAAGCAUUAUAUAUUUUGAGUUUAUCAAAAGACAUUGCAGAUGGUUCAGAUAGUAUUGCAUAUGUUUCAACAAUAUCUGAAUUUAGAUUGCCAUAUCCAAUAUUAAGUUUUGGAAUUGUAGAUGCUGGAAUUAGAAAAGUACGUCCAACUGGUGAAUCACUUGAAGAUCUUUGUCCUUGUGAUGAUGAAAGUGAGGAUCAAUUGGUUAUUCGAAUGUAUUUAGUACAGCCAAAAUCUUUACAAGAAUGUCAUAUUGCUUUUCAACCAGCUAGACAAGUAAAAAAUGCUUGUAUGAUGGAUACAUUGACUCAUGAUUCAUUAAUUGGUUCAGAUGAUCUUCAAAAUACUCGUCAUGAAAAUAAUGAUAAUAAUGAAAAUCAAAGUGUUGGUGAUCGUAGUAGUAGUAUUAAUGAAAGUGUUGCAGCAACAAUAGAAGCUGCAAUGAAUAAUGCAAGUUUAAAUUUAAUGACACCAGAUGCUUUUAGUUCACCAGCAAAAAAAGAAAAUAAUACAUCAAGCUCAACAAGUCCAGAAUUAGGAAAUGUAUUAUCAGCAAGUCCAUCAAUUAUUCAAGUUGUUCAAGCAUUAAAUGCAAUUGAUACACCAUUAGCAACAAGUGAAAUUGAACAAGCACCUGCAUCUGGUGGUUCAUCACCAUCACGUGAAGUUCGUGAAAUAUUUUCACUUGCUGAGCCAGAAGAUGAAGAAGAAGAAGAAGAAGACUUGAAACAAAUUGAUUCUGAUCAUGAAAAUAAUGAAAAUUGGUCAUAUCAUCCAAUAGCAUUAUUAUCAGAUGUUCAUGUUAUACCUAAUGAUAUAAAAAAUGACAAUAAAAAAUGUGAAAAAAUUGUUGAUAAUUCAAAGAUUGAUCCAGCAUGGAUUACAACAAUUACACAAAAAUUAGAUAAAAUUAUGUCAACAAUUGAAGAUCAAAAAGAUAGUAUAAAAGAUUUACAAAAAGAUAUGUCAAGAUAUAAACAAGAAACUCCAAUUUUGAGUAGAAUUGAAAGUGCAUUAUCAAGAGCAUCACAACAACAACUAUCUGUUAUUGAAAAAAGUCUUUAUAAUCGACAAAAUCAUCAAAGUGAAUUAUUUACAACAAUUGAAUUAGCUGUUGCUGAUAAUAUUAAAAAAAUAUUACCAAAAAUUGUUAAUGAUGCUGUUGAACCAAUUAAAAAACAAAUACAAAUUAAUGCUGAAAAUAAUGAUGAUUUAUUAAAAGAAAAUUUGACAAAACUUAUUGGUAGUUCAUAUAUAAAAGAUACUAUUAGAAUUGCAGUUGUUGAAGCUGCAAAACCAGCACUUGAUAUAUCUUUUAGAGAAGCAUUUGAGACACUUUUACUUCCUGGAAUUGAAAAAGCAUGUCAAACAAUGUUUAGACAAAUUCAAGAUGCAUUUUCAAAUGGAACACAAGAAUAUAUACAAUAUAUUGAUACAGUUUUAGAAAGAGCAUGUCAAAAAAGAAAUGAACAAGAAACUGAAACAUUGUCAUAUAUGGUACGUGAAGAAUUAAGAUCAGGUAUGAUUAAAGGUUUUGGUCCACUUCAAGAAGGUGUAUUAAGAUCUAUUAAAGAAUCAAUUAGAGAUAAUUUGGGACAACAAUUAAUUGACAUACAAGCAAGAUCAAGAGCAACAACACCUGGUCUUUCUGUACCAAAUACAGCUGAAGCACAAGUUCGAAUUCUUUCAUUAGUUCAAAGAGGACAAUAUAAUACUGCAUUUCAACAAGCACUAAAUGCUAGUGAUCUUAGUCUUGUUGUUUAUGUUUGUGAAAAAACAGAACCUUCCAGAGUAUUUUCAACUGAUAAUGCUCAUAAUAGGUGUUGUCUUCAACAACCUGUGAUAUUAUCUCUUGUACAACAACUCUCUGCUGAUCUUACACAUCGUACUGAUCUCAAGCACAAAUGGCUUGAAGAGGCAAUUCUUAAUUUGAAUCCAAUGGAUCCAGUGACACGUGAACAUAUGGGAACUGUUUUAAUGAAGCUUGAAACUCAACUUUCAUCAUUUAUUGCAACAAAUCCAACUCAUCGUUCUGUUAAAAGUAUGAAAAUGCUUUCUAUGGCUGCAAAAGCACUUUUUUUAAAUCAGCAUACUUGACUUAUAAAUUAUAAAUUUAAAUUUAUUUAAUUAAUUACUUUUUUUUUUUUAACUAUUUAAAUUUCUCUUUUUUUUUUUUUUUUUUUUUUUCUCCUUUUAAAAAUUAUAUUAUCACGUGUUUAUUUUUUUAUUUUAUAUUUAAACGAGGUAUUUUACAAACAGGCAAUUUGCAAUGGUCUGUGUGAUAUUAAUCGUUAUUAUAUAACAAAAAGAAAAAAAAAAAUAUUUGACUCAAUUUAUGGAAAUAAUUUUUCUCUAGAUUAAAGUUUUCUUUUAAUGUUUAUAAAAAAUUCAUAAUUUUUUACUAUGAUUAAUCAAUAUUGCCAACUAUUUCUCAUGAUAUUAAUAUAUUUAAAAAAAAAAAAACAUUUUUUUCAAAUAAAAAUAAUAAUCAUCUUUGUUGUUACAAUUAACUAUGUAAAGUAACUUGACUUCUACAAUAAAAUAUAUUUCGUUUAAAGAUUAGUAUUAAAAACAGCAACUAUUUCGAUUGAAAAUAAAGUUGAAAUAUCAUUGUUAUACUAUAUAUUAUAAAUAAUGAUAAUAUUAUAUUGACGAUAUAUUAUUUUUGAAUAUUAACUUUAACUUAAUGAAAUGAAGAAGAAAAUAAAUAAAAUA